AUGGAAGGCCAGGUUCCAAAAUCUCUAGCCAGCUGCACAAGUUUAGAAAUUUUAAACCUUGGAAGCAAUCAGAUUAGCGAUACCUUUCCAUGCUUAUUGAUGAAAAUAUCCACCUUGAGUGUGCUUGUUUUGCGGUCCAACAAAUUUCAUGGAGGCAUUGAAUGUUCAGAGAUCUAUGGCACCUGGCAGAGGCUUCAAGUGAUAGACCUAGCACACAACUUCUUCAGUGGUGGAAUAUCAGGAAUAUCUUUACCAAGUUCGCUGACAAAAAUCUCUAACAUAUAUUGGUCCGAAUUUCGGCAACUCAACGAUUUGCCACCAGAAACUAUUGGUCAUGAGUAUUUUGACAAGUAUUUCGAGGAAGCAAUAACAGUUACCAGCAAAGGUUUAAACAUGAAGCUGGUGAAAAUUAUGGCAGCCUUCACCUUGAUUGACUUGUCAUGCAACAAAUUCAACGGGUCAAUCCCAGAGUACAGUGAAAUAUACGAAUCAUUACAGGUGUUCAACUUGUCCAAUAAUGAUUUCACAGGUGAAAUCCCAUCUUCAUUUGGUGAUAUGCUUCAACUAGAAUCCUUAGACCUCUCACAAAACCACUUGAGUGGGAAAAUUCCACAAAAGCUUGCUGAACUUACUUUCCUUUCAUUCCUGAAUCUCUCCAAUAAUCAACUGGUCGGCAAUAUCCCAACCGGUCCGCAGUUUUCAACAUUUUCAAAAGCCUCAUUUUUAGGUAACAAAGGAUUAUGGGGUUUUCCUUUGGACAACAUGGUAGUAUUGUCUCCACCAAGAUCACAUGGAAUCCCUCCAAAAUCUGCACAUAAGAUUGACUGGGAUCUUAUCGAUAUUGAAAUUGGAUUUGUAUUUGGGCUCGGAAUAGCCAUCGGGUCACUUUUCUUUUGCAAGAGAUGGAGGAAAUGGUAUUACAGAGUUAUGUAUAACAUUGUGCUUAUGAUAUUCCCUCAGUUGGAUCAAAGAAUUGGUAAUCAUAGAAGACAUGUUUACAUUGCUCCAAGAUGGAGACGUUGA